GAAUAAUGCAAAAAAGACGCAAUUUUCACACGCCACCACCGUUUGGUCCAUAACAUGGUAACCCGCAAUUUUGUUCUUCCUCCCGUUGCUGGCGUCUUUCUUCCCAUCUCCAACCUUAAACCCACAAACACCGUGAAGCGCAUCGAAGCGACACAGGAAAAUGUGGCGUUACAACUCCUCUUUCCGCCCCCUAAAACCCUUCUUCUUCAUUCACCGUUCUCUUCACCACGACACCCCGCGGAUGAGAAGCUCAAUACAGUUCCUACGCCUAGUAUGCCUUCUGUCACAGUUCCUACGCCUAGUAUGCCUUCUGUCACAGUUCCUACGCCUAGUAUGCCUUCUGUCACAGUUUCCCCUAUGAAUGCAGCUCUCUUGACACCUCAAGGAAGGUUCUUGUUCGAUUUUUUCUUGUAUAAAACCACCGCGGCCGGAGGAGAAGCUCGACUUGAUUGGCUCCGGUACGGGUUCUGGUUCGGAUGGGUCGGUGGAGCUGUUUGCGGAUGUGGACCUCUCAGUUUUGGAUGAGUUGUUGCAGAUUUUGAAAAGGUGGCUAUUUUGGGUUUCCUUUAUGCUUCUGAAUAAAUGAAGUGUAAGAAACUAGUUUUGAUUUUGAUUUGGCAUAUUGGUUUAAUAUUGUUUUGAUUUAUGGGUAUGAGGAGAUUGCAUUUUGCUUAUAUAGUUGGUUGGAAUUGGGUCAAUUUGUUUGUUUUCUGAUUGACAUUUCU